AUGUCUUUCACAAUACAAUCAUUCGUACUUGUUCCAUGGUUUGUAGUUGUAGUAGUAGCUCUCACCGUCCUCGUGGCAGCCGGAGAUGAAAACUCGCCGGACAAGGCAAUGUUUCCGGCGAUGUUUGUGUUCGGAGACUCGUUGGUGGACAACGGAAACAAUAACCGCUUGAAUUCCCUCGCUAGGUCCAACUAUCUACCUUACGGCAUUGAUUUCGACAGAAGUCAACCCACCGGUCGCUUCUCUAACGGCAAAACCAUCGUCGAUUUCAUUGGAGAAUUGGUAGGGCUGCCGGAGAUACCGGCGUUUAUGGAAACGGUAGACGGAGGAGUUGAUGUUCUCCGAGGAGUCAACUAUGCGUCUGCAGCCGGAGGAAUCCUAGAAGAAACCGGUCGCCAUCUCGGAGAGAGAUUCAGCAUGAGAAGACAAGUGGAGAACUUCGAGAAGACAUUAAUGGAGAUAAGAAGGAGGAUGGAGUCAGUAGAAGAGUACAUGGCAAAGUCAUUGGUGGUGGUCUCAUUGGGUAACAACGACUACAUAAACAAUUACUUGAAACCAACGCUUUUCCUGACCAACUCCAUUUACGACCCUCCUUCUUUCGCCGACCUCCUUCUCUCCAACUUUACCUCUCAUCUCCUCGAAUUGUAUGGAAAAGGGUUCAGGAAAUUCGUAUUAGCUGGUGUGGGUCCCUUGGGUUGCAUACCGGACCAACUAGCCGCACGAGCAACUCCCCCCGGUGAGUGUGUAGAAGCGGUUAACGAGAUGGCUCAGCUUUUCAACAACCGCCUCAAGUCACUGGUGGAUCGUCUCAACUCCGAUAAUACAACCGCCGGCGAAGCCAUCUUUGUCUACGGCAAUACCUACGGAGCCGCCGUGGAAAUCCUCACCAGUCCUUUUGCUUACGGAUUCGAAGUGACGGAUAGAGGGUGUUGUGGAGUAGGGAGAAACAGAGGAGAAAUCACGUGUUUGCCACUGGCGGUACCAUGCGCUUUCAGAGACCGUCACGUGUUCUGGGAUGCUUUUCAUCCAACACAAGCCUUCAACCUUAUUAUCGCUGUUAGAGCCUUUAAUGGUUCCAAAUCCGAUUGUUACCCCAUUAAUCUUUCUCAAAUGUCUCGUCUCUAA